CCGGUCCACUGAAAUGCAUUUACAUUAUUCUCCUCAGCUAGCAUGUGUGUUUCUUAAUAUAAAGGGGGGAGGGAAUACACUAACCACAGCUGCUUGCAUACUAAGGAUUGCAGAACAGAAUCUGUCCUUUUCCCCCAUUUCUGAAGAAGGCUGAGCACUUCCGCUUUCAGGGGCGGGGGUUAAGUUAUCGCCAGUGAGCUUUGAAGAUUCUCUUUCCUGCCAGAAACUUGUGAGAGUAUCUUGAGGCCUCUGGGAGAGAUUGGCUACCCUUUACCUCCCUCCAACUUCAGCAGAGAAGAGAAGCAGAAUCAUGAGACCGUUGAGGGUGUUGUCUCUCCUGGGCUGGGUGCUAAUUUCAGGUAAAGAAGAGAAAAAUGCUACGUCAAGGCCACAGAUCUUGAACCAUAAGGAGGAAGUCUGCCAAAAUGCAUGGGAUGUCACUACUGAAAGUCCAGAGACAGAAGACUCGAGAGACAAAGGGUGGAAAGCAAAAGAGACAUGGCAACUGACUGGUCCAGUUGAAGUGCAUGGAUUUGAAGGGCAAUCUCUCUCUUUGUGCUGCCAUUAUCAACAAACCUAUGAAGAUAACACUAAGAGCUGGUGCAAAAUGAAAGAAGGCUUAUUGUUAGAUUCCUGCGAAACUUUAAUAUCAUCAGAUGGAAAGGUGAACAUGGGCAGAGUCUCCCUCAGAGAGAAUAAGAAAGAGCACUACUUUCAAGUGACCAUGGACAAUUUGCAUCUGAAUGAUUCCGGUGUUUAUCGCUGUGUUAUAGAUCGUCCAUACCUUUUCAGUAUCAGACACAGGGUGAACGUGACAGUUUCUCCAGAUCCAGAAGAAAAGUUAUCAUCUACAGAAACACCAGAAUUUAUCACCUACGUAGUAAAGUCUACCCACGGCCCAGAUCCUACAGAGACCCCCCCAGAAUCAAAGCUCUACAUUUUGAUAUAUAGUAUCAUUCCACUAUUUAUUCUUGUCUUACUUGCAACUGUGGUGCUGCUUGUGAUGUCAAGGAAGACGAAAACAGAAUCACAUUUUCAGAGAAAAGAGGAGCUAAGUCUACCAGAAAGGAUGCCUACCCACAAUACUGAAGAUACUCAGAAUGAGAACACCAUUUCUGACCAGCCCCCAGACCAUAAUGGGGCGGGACUCUACAGGAUUGUUAAGGUCCUUCCUGAAAAUGACUAUGAAGAGAUUCACUCCCAGGAAAAGACUCCAGAGGAGCAAGAUGAGGUGUCUUAUGCCAGACUGGAUAUUUCAGAUCAUCAUGGUCACAUCUACGACAACAUAAAUCUCUCCAGGCCAGCCCACCCAGAGACACCUGCUCAGGAGGUCUUUUAUACAGAGGUGAAGCCUGACCAUUAAAAAUAUAUAUAUAUAUAUAUAUAUAUAUAUAUAUAUAUAUAUAUAUAUCCAAAAGUGUUUCUCUCAGUGCACUGUCAUGUGGGUUUUGUUAUCCAGGCUCCAGACCACUUCUCUAGCUCAGAGACCCUUCCCCUUUAAAAGAGUAACUUGCAAUAAAAUGAGGUUGAAUCACUGCUCUGCUUCAACAAAACCAGCUGCUGGGAAACUGGAAAGUGACAGCAGAUCCUACUCUUACAGUAAAAGGAAAAUGAUGGAUCUGCAUUAGCUGCAACCACAUACAGUGAGAAAGCAUAUGCCAGAGAGGUAAAUAUAAUUUGAGCAGGGAGGGAGGCUUUAAUGUACCUUAAUGCAUGACUAUAUUCUGUUUAUUUGCAGAAUACCUUCCCCAGAAAGAUUUGCCUACUGCAGCAAUUUGGGCACCAGGUGUUUUUUAUCCCAGGCCUUUUAAUUUCAAUUAUAUGCUUUAGUAGUGUAUUAGGUCUGGCCCCAAAUUGAUUACUUUUUGCUGGGUGUGGUGGUGUUUUCCAGCUAGUGCUUAUACAGUGGUACCUCUGGUUACGUACUUAAUUCAUUCCAGAGGUCCAUUCUUAACCUGAAACUGUUCUUAACCUGAAGCACCAC